AUGGCUCGUGCCACCUCCGCAGCGCUCGCGCUGCUCAUCUUCCUCCUCUGCCGGCACGUCCACGCCGACGCGGGCACCACGCUGUCGCAAGGGCAGUCGCUGGCGGGUAACGAUAAGCUCCUGUCGGCCAACGGCGCCUUCUCGCUCUCCUUCUUCUCGCCGCGCGGCGGCGACGGCUCGCGGAUGUACCUCGGCGUCAUGUUCGCCAAGGCCGCGGAGCCGACCGUGCCGUGGGUGGCCAACCGCGACGCGCCGGUGAGCGCCACGGCCUCGUCCUACUCCGCCACCGUCACGGACUCCGGGGACCUCCGGGUGAUGGAGGGGGAGCGCGUCGUGUGGCAGACCAACACGACCUCGUCGGCGGGGAACUUCACGCUAACGAUCCAGGACACGGGGAACCUCGUGCUCGCCGGCGGGAGCGGCGCGCAGGCGGUGCACCUUUGGCAGAGCUUCGACUACCCGGCGGACACCUUCCUCCCCGGGAUGAACAUCACGCUGGCCCGGCGCGGCGGCGCCGUCGUCAGGCAGACGCUGUUCAGGUCGUGGAGGAGCCCCGACGACCCGGCCCCCGGCAACUUCACGCUCGGGCAGGACCCGCUGGGGUCGUCGCAGCUCUUCAUAUGGCGCCGGAGCGAGGACGGCAAGGACGUGACGCACUGGAGGUCCGGGCAGUGGGCCAAGGGCAGCUUCGUGGGCAUCCCGUAUCGGCCGCUCAACGGGCUGUACGGCUUCCAGCUCUCCGGCGACCCGUCCCAGAGCAACGGCCUGUACUACACCUUCCAGCGCUUCAACUCCUCGCAGUACAGGUUCGUGCUCCAGCCCAACGGCACGGAGACGUGCUACCAGCUGGUGGACGCCACCGGCGCUUGGGAGGUGGUCUGGUCGCAGCCCACGUUGCCAUGCCAGGCCUACAACACGUGCGGCCCAAACGCCGAGUGCUCCGCCGCCGACCACUGCACCUGCCUCAGAGGUUUUGAGCCGAAAUCCGAAGCGGAGUACGGCAGCGGGGUGUGGGCGCAGGGGUGCGUGAGGAGCAGCCAGCUGACGUGCAGCGAGCGGAACGUGAGCAUGAGCGGCGGCGACGCGUUCGCCGUCCUCUCCGGCGUGAAGCUGCCGGACCUGGCCGCGUGGGAGUCGGCGGUCAUCAGCGCGGACGCGUGCAGGCAGUGGUGCCUGGCCAACUGCACGUGCAACGCGUACAGCUACAGCGGCGGCACCGGGUGCUUGACCUGGGCCCACGAGUUGCUGGACAUCUACCAGUUCCCCAGCGGACAGUUCCCCAACGGACAAGGGUAUGACCUGCACAUCAAGGUCCCCGCUUCUGCAUUAGGUUCAGGCUCCAAACGGAGGACAAGGAUUAUCGUUAGCGUACUGUUCGUCCUGGCGGUUGUACUGGCCGCAUGCGGCUUUCUCAUGUGGAAAUGCAGAAGAAGAAUCAGAGAUAAACUCGGCGUCGGUGGCGGGAAAAAGAGGACGGGAGCCGCGCUGAUGCUGCGCCCUGCUACGAUGAAAGCCAAGCAUGACUUCUCAGGGCCGAAGCAGCCCGAUCAGGAGGUGGCGGAGAACGGCGACGGCUGCGAGCUGCCGAUGUUCACCCUGGAGACCCUGGCGGCGGCCACCGGCGGCUUCAGCGAGGCCAACAAGCUCGGGGAAGGAGGGUUCGGCCUCGUGUACAAGGGCAGCCUCCCCGGCGGCGAGGAGGUGGCGGUGAAGCGGCUGUCCAGGAGCUCCGGGCAGGGGUGCCAGGAGUUCAAGAACGAGGUGACACUCAUCUCCGAGCUGCAGCACCGCAACCUGGUGAGGAUCCUGGGCUGCUGCAUCCAUGGCCACGAGAAGAUGCUGGUGUACGAGUACAUGCCCAACAAGAGCCUCGACGCCUUCCUCUUCGGGGUGUUCGCUUUCUUGGGCCAACUCUCACGAUGUGGUACGGUGGUGAUCGGAUCAGAUCCGGCGAGGCGGGGGCUGCUGGACUGGAAGACGAGGCUCCACAUCAUCGAAGGGAUCGCGCGGGGGCUCCUGUACCUCCACCGGGACUCGAGGCUCCGCGUGGUGCACCGGGACCUCAAGGCCAGCAACAUCCUCCUGGACCACGAGAUGAACCCCAAGAUAUCCGACUUCGGCAUGGCCAGGAUCUUCGGCGGCGACAAGAACCAGGAGAACACCAACCGCGUCGUCGGCACACUAGGCUACAUGUCGCCGGAGUACGCAAUGGAGGGCCUGUUCUCGGUGAGGUCCGACGUGUACAGCUUCGGCAUCCUGAUCCUGGAGAUCAUCACCGGCCAGAAGAACAGCAGCUUCCACAACAUGGAGGGCUCGCUCAACAUCGUAGGCUACGCGUGGCAGAUGUGGAACUCGGACAAGGGGGAGCAGCUGAUCGACCCGUUGAUCCGGGCGUCGAGCUCGGCGUCGGCGUCGCGCGAGGCGCUGCGGUGCGUCCACAUGGCGCUGCUGUGCGUGCAGGACCACGCCGGAGACCGGCCGGACAUCCCGUACGUGGUGCUGGCGCUGGGCAGCGACAGCUCCGUGCUGCCGAUGCCGAGGCCGCCCACCUUCACGCUGCAGUGCACGUCCUCGGACAGGGACGGGUUCAGGGGGAAGGCCGGCGACGAGUCCUACUCCGCCUGCGACCUCACCGUCACCAUGCUUCAAGGGAGGUAG